AUGGUUUGGUCUCGAAUGUGGUGGCUUUUUCCAACAAUCGUGACCGGCGGGAUUUUAGAAAUCCUUGGGUGGACGGGUAGACUUUGGUCGAGCUCCAGGCCUGGCCUCUUGAGCCCGUAUCUGAUGCAAAUAUGCUGUACCAUAAUUGCUCCUUCUUUCAUGACAGCAGCCAACUUCGUUAUACUUGGGAAGAUAAUCGAAAGUCUUGGCUACCAAUACAGUAGACUUUCUCCUAAGCUAUAUACUGUUGUCUUUAUUACUUGCGACAUCGUGGCUUUGGUUAUUCAAGCAGUUGGAGGUGCAAAGGCCAGUCUCGCGGUUCAAUUUAUGAACGAAGAUCCAGAAAAGGGGGCAAGAAUAAUGGUUGGGGGUAUCAUAUUCCAGCUGGUCGCUAUAACUGCAUAUACAAUCCUUGCAUCAGAGUUCUUACUUCGAUAUCACUUCGAUCGCCCACUACGUCAAACAUUGAGGACCGACUCUGAAACUGAGCGAAACAAAUCCCAGCUCGACACGAAAAUAACAUUCAUGAUCCUUGGCCUUUCAAUCUCGACGUUAUUUAUAUACAUCCGAUCCAUUUACCGAACUAUCGAGCUCUUAGAUGGGUGGACUGGACCAAUAAUCACAAACGAGUUGUAUUUCAAAUCUUUGGUCGUCUUGAUGUUCAAUAAUUUCCGCAAGCGUCUGGAGGACAGUUUGGAAGCAGUCGAGGCAUUGGCCGUUGGCACCCAAGGAGGUCCUCGUCCAGGAAGGCAGGAUAGCCUAUCUUCACCCAUUGAUACUACGUAUUCAAGCUCCCCGCCAGCUGUUCGGCAUAGCCUAGACACGCCUUCUCCUACUCAGCAUUCGGGUUCUUUCGGUUACCUCCCAUAUCAACCACGCUCGACAUCUCAACUGGCGGACUCUGCAAUGUCUAACCUUCGAAGAUCUCUGACCCUACAGCGCACUGCAUCGGUAAACUCUGGUCAACCUGAUGCGAAGGGCUCUCGUGAAAACUCUCCUAUACACGCUCCUACACCUCGCAGAAGUGGUCUUUCUCUAGAGGAGCGACUAAGGGCCAAUUUUUCUGCUGGAGACGGCUCCGUGUCUCCUAUGGCGAGAAGCUCUUCGGCCGUGGAAACGCCUGAUACUCCGACACCAGUCCAGCGACUACCAGUGUCGGCCGACCCUGCACAAAUACCUCUCCCUGCCUCGCCCAUUGAGCGUGACCUUCUCAAACCGAUCGAACUGACCGAAGGUCCUAUUGAUCCUGCAUCUGUUCACCUUCCGAUGUCUCCGCCUGCGCAGCAUACACAUAUUCCAUCCGCUUCACUUGACAAUUUGAUCAUACCUGUGCCUCGGAAUCAGAUACUGGCUCCAUCACCAGUUGCAGUCCAUCCACUUUCUCCUCCGCCUCCUGAAUAUCCCAUAUCCCAAAUCCAACCCGAAAAUCAUGAGCCAUGCCUGUUACGAACCACGCCCCUACGCCCAAGACCCCUCCUCGGGUCCAAGUCCCGGAAUGCACUUGCCACCCCUUCCGAGUUUGCGACGGCUGAGUCACGCUCGGAUAUUACCGUUGGGUCUUCUGGUGAUUCAGUAGAUGAGCGAGCCCUCGAUAUUGCGACCGAUAACUUGACUGUACUGGAGACAGACACGCUGGUCACUCCUAUUAAUAGCGGGCUAUCCCGAGGGCGUGUAUCAGGGACAGAUCAUCCACCAACUAUUGAUCCAACAGACAAUAGUCCCAACAUAGAAGAUGCUGCCCAAACUGGAGUUGCUGGUGAAGAGGAUGGAGAUACAAAACUACGAGAGCGACUAAAGGUCGUUGAAGAGCGAUUUAGUGACAUCUCAACCUCCUUUAAGCGGCUACAGGCCGAAAAAGUAGCGGCAGACAAACUGAUCAAAGAGCUUUCUCCAUUGGAAGGUAUAGCAGACUUAGAUGGACUACGCGCAUACCUUACGAAUCAGAAAAUGAAAGUGGAGCUUUCGACUGAAGAAAUUAAACGUCUCACAGGUCAAAUCAAACAACAAGAAGAAAGACUAGAAGAGGUCCGAGAAAUGCACAAGAUGGAAUCUACCUCGCAAUCUGAUCUCAUAGAAAAGCUUCGGCAACAACUGACGGAGUCCGAGGCAUUGCUCAAAGUCGCAGAAUCGGAUACGGUAUCCAGCAAAAGUAUCGUAUUGCAACACGAAGCUGAGAUUGAGCGUCUCAAGCGAGCACUAAAAGACGAGGAAGAGAAACGUACCAAAGCAAUAACCCUUCUCAAGACUGUUCGUCAAAAACUCACCAAGGCAGAGAAGGAAAGAGACGAUGUGAUCAGGGAGCGCGAGAAGGAUAAAGAAGACCUAUCUGCGGCCAGAGCGGAGAUUGAACGCAUCAAGGCCGACGCCGAAAGAGCCAAGAGCGAACGAGAGCGGGAUAUUGCAGGAAUAAGGGACAGAUUUGAGAGGGAACUCAAGGAAACGAAAGAACGGUAUGAAAAAGAGCUAUCUGCCCGAAAAGGGCAAUAUGAAUUGGAAGCUAUCACAACCAAGGCUGCUCACUCGAAAGAGCUAUCCGCAAAAACUACUCGCAUAGCAAAUUUGGAAUCCACAGUCUCUAAUUUGGUCAAUGAGAAGGACUCGCUAUUCGAGCAGUGCCAAACACGUCAGGCCGAGGCUGAAUCUGCUCAGUCCCACCUGCAAACUGUCCAGAACCAACUCAACGAGAUGCAAUUUCAACUAAGGGAGGCUGAGGACCGUAACUCGCUCUUGACGGAUGAGCUCGACGAACUUCGCAAUGGGAGCCGGCUGUCGACGCAUUCACCCACUCCAGGGCCCGAGGUCGCCCGUCUGCUCUCGGAAGCAGAAGGCAAGUUCGAAGGCCGACUGUCUGAAAUGCGAGCCAAAUUGAGGGCUAUCGAAAAGGAGCGCAACGAGGCCGAAGAUGACUGGAAUAAGACACUCGCAGAUCGCAGCAAAGAGAUAGAAAAAUUGCGCUUCGCGCUGCGACAAGCUGAAGACAAAUGGAUUGAGAGCGGGCGAGUUGGGAAGGGCAUGGAUGAAAAAGUGGCAUCUCUUGAGCAAAAUGUCAAGGAGUUACAAUUUCAGCGCGAUGGGUGGGAGCAAAAUCGAUCCGCGCUAGAAGGCCAGCUGAAACAAGUACAAAGUAAAUUGCAAACGAUCGAGAGUGAUCAUGCUGAGGCAUUAGAACGGGCUAGCUCACUAGAGACACAGUUCGAAGAGAGUAAAAGCAGAGAAACAUCGCUCAAGAUGAGCAACAAGACUUUGCGCGAUGAACUCCGAAAGGUCCAGUCAUCAGCCGCGUUGUUGGAGCGGCAACGUCCAGGGGGAGUAGGUGGAUUCUGGUCGGGAACUAACCCUGGUAAUCAAACAGGAAAGAAUGGCAAUGGGGUUACUUCGCCCACUUCACCUCGACCCAGUUCUCCCACCGUCUCGGAGGCCGGCGCGACUCCAACGAAACAGGAGGAAGAGGUCAACCUCGAAUACAUUCGGAACGUCAUAUUACAAUUCCUGGAGCAUAAGGAGAUGAGGCCUAACCUUGUUCGUGUGCUUUCGACAAUCUUGCGAUUUACACCACAAGAGACCCGUCGGCUGAUAGCCAAAGUCUAG